CUGCUGGGCCCUCACAACUGAAGGGGAACCCAGGGUCCCCCGACUUCUAUCCUGGGCUGCCAUGCCCUGGUUGUGUCAGGAACUGGCCCUGGGGCUCCUCAGAGAGCUUGCUCCUGGCAGAAGUGGCAACAGGCUGGGGAGGGGUGUGGCACCUACCCGUGGCAGGGCGGUGAUGCAAGAGUGGCUGGCAUGCACUAAGUGCCCCAAAGGCACCUUUGUGCAGCAGCCAUGCUGCAGGGACAGCCCCAUGAUAUGUGGCGCAUGUCCCCUGCCCUACUACAUGCGGUUCUGGAACUACCUGGAGCACUGCCACUACUGCAAUGUCUGUGGGGAGCACGAGGAGGCACAGUCAUGCCAUGCCACCCACAACCGCACCUGCCACUGCUGCCCUGGCUUUUUCGCACAUGCUGGCUUCUGCCUGGAGCACACACCAUUUCCACCCAGCACUGGUGUGAUCACUUGGGGCACCCCAGGCCAGAACACAGAGUGCCAGCUAUGGCCCCCAGGCACCUCCUCAGCCAGCAGCUCCAGCUCAGAGCUGUGCCAGCCCCACUACAACUGCUCAGCCCUGGGUCUGGUCCUCAAUGUGUCCAGCUCCUCCCAGCAACUGCAUUGGCUUCUUGCUCAGCUGGCCCUGGGGAGUGGGGAGAGCCAGGUGAGCCCAGGGACAAAGAGAGCUGGCCAGGUCAGCUUGUGCCCCUUCCAUCCCUCAGACAGGAGUCUAGCCUUACAGUGUAGUCUCACUGCCCAUUCUGGCCUGGAGUCGCUGCCCCAGCCAGACAUCCUGCAGCUCCCUGCUGGCUUAUUUCCCGCCCCCACCAUACCACCACCACCACCACCCCCACGGCCUGAGUGUGAGCGUGCGCUCAUUGACUGCGUGGUCUUCUAGGAUGUCUCCAAGAGGCUGUAGCGACUGCAGCGUCAACUCCCAGCACUCCAUGGGGCACUGGUAGCACAGCUGCUGCAUGCACAUGGAGCGAACGCCAGGGCUGGAACAGUGUCUGCGCACGUUUCCUCCCCGCACACUGAGCGCGGCCCCACUCCCAGAAAGCUUUAUUUUUAG